AUGACCCGCAAGCUUCCAAACAUUGUAGUCACGGGUACCCCGGGCGUGGGCAAAACAACACAUGCAGAGCAAAUUGCGCAAAAUCUGGGAUUCAAGCAUGUCUCCAUAAACCAAAUCGUCAAGGACGAGGGUUUCCAUGAGGGCAAGGACGAAGAGCUAGGAAGCUGGAUAGUGGACGAAGACAAGCUCCUAGAUUAUUUAGAAGCCACCUCACUCUCUGAAACGGGCGGCUAUGUCCUUGACUUCCACGCCUGCGAGCUCUUCCCCGAACGCUGGAUCGACCUCGUCCUCGUACUCCGGUGCGAUUCCACCGUUCUUUACGAUCGCUUGACGGCGCGCGGCUAUGAGGGCAAAAAGUUGGAGGAGAAUAUGGACAGCGAGAUUAUGCAGGUGCUGCUUGACGAGGCGCGAGAGAGCUAUAAGGAGGAAAUCGUCGUUGAGCUGAAGAGCGAGAAUGCUGAUGACGUCGAGGCGAAUGUGGAUAGGGUCGAGCAAUGGGUUGAGCAGUGGAAGAAGGAUAGGGAAGCGAGUGCGGAUGCCUGAA